UGUCACCAUCUCUGGAAUUUGUAGACUAAAAGGCCGUGCAAUGAGCCAAUUUCUUCUUCCUCUACUCUGCCUUUGUCCUUUGUCUUUUUCCCCAUCAAGUUACUCUCUUUCUCUCCCUCCUCUUUCUUUCUUGUCUUGAGUAUUUCUUUCAAGCUUCCGAUUUUUAGCAGAUUCUCUUCUCUCGCGUUCUGCCUAAAGUUUUGUGGACGGUCUCCUCUCAUUCCUGCAGGUUCUUGCAGGCAAUGCAGGAGUGAACUUCAGUGACAGGCAGUUUAUCAGGAUUUCAUAAUUUGGAAGGUGAUGAUGAGGUUGGUAUUGGGUAAUUGAAGACUCAUUUGCACUUGCAUUUUCAAACCAAGGAUUGGGCAAGUUAAAGUAUUUUCUUGGCAUUAAGUUGGUGAAAAUGCCAGAUAAUCAAUUAGGUGUCUACACCAUUAGAUCCCAUGGAGCUCACUUGGCAAGGAUACAUGUGCGUGAUUGGCUGAUUCUUCUGUUGCUUGUGGUGAUUGAAGUAAUUUUGAAUGUUAUAGAACCAUUUCAUCGUUUUGUUGGAGAGGGUAUGUUGACUGACCUAAAGUACCCACUUAAAGACAAUACUGUCCCACUUUGGGCUGUCCCGGUGAUCGCUGUAGUGUUGCCUUUUACAGUCAUUCUUGUCUACUACUUUGUUCGGAAGGAUGUUUAUGAUUUUCAUCAUGCAAUAUUGGGUCUUCUAUUUUCUGUAUUUAUAACUGGAGUCAUAACAGAUGCAGUCAAAGAUGCUGUUGGCCGUCCUCGUCCUGACUUCUUCUGGCGCUGCUUCCCUGAUGGCAAAGGGGUGUUUGAGAAUGUCACCAGGAAUGUUAUGUGUACUGGCCAGAAAAGUGUCAUCAAGGAAGGACAUAAAAGUUUCCCAAGUGGGCAUACCUCUUGGUCUUUUGCUGGUUUGGGUUUCCUGUCAUGGUAUUUGUCAGGGAAAAUGCGAGCAUUUGACCAUAGGGGACAUGUUGCAAAUCUUUGUAUAGUUGUUCUGCCAUUGCUCUUUGCAGCUCUGGUGGGAGUUUCACGAGUGGAUGACUAUUGGCAUCAUUGGCAAGAUGUAUUUGCUGGAGGUCUACUAGGAUUAACUGUUGCUUCAUUUUGCUACUUGCAGUUCUUUCCACCCCCAUAUGACGUGGAUGGUAUUUUCUUAUCUUUCCAUACUGGUUGGGGUCCGCGUGCUUAUUUUCAAAUGUUAGCAGAGUCUGGAAAUGUUAAUCAAUCCUCAUCCAACAGCACCAAUUUUCUCAUGCUACACCCAACACAACCCGGGAAUCUGUAUAGCCAAUCUCGCGAAGGUGCGACAAUUUCAGAAGUCAAUUCGAGGGACACCAACAUAAUGCUAAAUGAGAUUGAAAGUGGGAGAAGACACUGACUUGAGCUUGUUAUUAGUAGAGAACAAAAGGAUAUAACAGCAGAUGUGCAUAGUGUGUGAGAUCUGUUGAGCAGUCGAGGUGUGUUAAUUCCCUUUAGCAGGUAUGCACCUCAAACACUCCUAGGUCAAUUUCGAUGGUUGUACAUUUAGCAUAGCCUUGGUUGGUCCGUGGAGGACUUUCCAAUUUCAUAUAUAUGAUCAUGCUUUUUCGUUUCUUUUGUUCUUUAUGAUCUUGAAGACCAAAUUGGGGUUUUUACCCAGGAAUACUGAUGUACUGAACCAUGCAAUAGGCUCUUGUAAAACCUUGUGGUUGUCAUGAAACUCAGAUGUUGCACGUAUAUGGAUUAUUGGCAAGUAAGCUUUGUCCA